AUGGCUCGCGGCCCGCCGUCGUGCACGGGGUCCGCGUGGCGCGACACGGCACUGCUGCUUGUCGGCGCGCUGCUCUCUCUCGCUCAACACAGCACCCCCGCGGUUGCUGCUGCCCCAGUGACCCCAGGCGCCACCCCCAACAGCUUCUACCGCUACCACUACCACGUGCGCCGCCUCCCGCCCUUUCUGCGCAACCACCUCAAGCGCGCACAAGGGCAGGGGGACGGAGGGGACGGAGGGGGCGGAGGGGGCGGAGGAGGCGGAGGAGGAGGAGAGGGGAGCAGCACUGUGCGGGCGGCGAGCAUUGCGAGCAGCGGCGAUGAAACUAUCGUCCUCACCAGCGGCAGCGGCGGCAGCAGCAGCAGCAGGAGCGGGGCUUUAGGCGGCAUAGGUGGCGGCGGAGGGGGAGCGGGCGCCAGCGCGUACGAGCGGGCGCAGGCCGCCAUGGCCGCGGCGAAGGCGCGCAGGAGCGCGUGGGGGAAGUCGAUGCGCGGGCGGGGGCGGACGGGCAAGAGACGGCCGUGGGUGGAUGUGUCGUGGGCCAAUCACAGGCCGCUGGCGCAGGUGUACGAACCUGAUUGGCCCGCGAUUUCGGAGGAGGCGGGGAUGACGGCCGACGGCGGGAGGGGCGCGGGCAAUGGCGCGUGGCCGUUCGCUGAGCCGCGCAUCAGCCCCCAGACGAUCCGGCGGCAGCCGCCAUCCAGCGGGCUACCAUGCACGCCGCUCACCACAGCGGUGAUCAUUCCAGUCAACUCGGAGGACGACUUCCCCCGACGCCUCAAGUACCCGCCCACCGUCACGGUCGUCCUGGAGCUGCAGAACCACAUCCUGCUGACGGCGCCGCUGCUCUUCAACGCGUCCUUCGCCUGCACCGUGCUGCGCUCCACCGCCCGCCCCGCACGCGGCUUCCAGCUGACGCUCAUGCGCACGGACGCGCCGCUGCUGUGGAUCGCGGGCGCCAGCAACGUGCUGGUGCUGCGCGUCUCCUUCUUCCAGCCCUACGCCCUUGACACCUACGCCUGCCAGGGCAUCCCGUACAUGGGCACUGACGUCAUCUGCCCCGCCAUCCACAUCUACCAGGUGACGUCAUCUGCCCCGCCAUCCACAUCUACCAGCCAACGUGCAGGUGGCGCGGGGCACGGUGUACGGGCGGGUGGCGGCAUGAAGGUGACAGCCUGGCAGGCUUGGGUUGGGCGACUCGAGGCAACGGUCACGGUCUGCACAGCACACACUCAAAGCGCUUGCUCCCCACUGCUCUCCCUCCUCCCACAACAGGCAGCCAACGUGCAGGUGGCUCGCGGAACGGUGUACGGGCGCAUCGAUGUGUACUGGUCCGUGGCGGUGCGCGUGGACGGCAUGAAGGUGACGGGGCUGGGCGACUUCAAGCGCGGCCAGGGGCUCAUCCGCGUGGCGUUCUGCGGCCACGGGCCCACCAUGCAGCGCAGCGGGGUCGUCAUCAGCAACAACGAGGUCUUUGGUGCGUGCAGGGCUGCUGGGGGGGAGGGUUGCUCACGCGUCCUGAUCAUGCGGUUGGCGGCAGCACGAGGCACAGUGCGCGCCAACCACGGGCAUAACUUCAUCUUCAUCAUUCCGGGCUCCUCACAUCACGCCUUCCCUCCCUCCUCUCUCCUCCCCUUCCUCCCCUCCCCUCCCUCCCGUCCCCUUCCUUUCCUCCCCUCCCUGGCCCCUCCACCCCGUCCCUCCACCAUCCCACCAGGUGCCCGCUUCCCCAUAGUGCUGUAUUUCGGGGCGGUGGGAGUGACGGUGAGGAACAACUACGUGCACGACUUCAUAUUCGCGGGCAUCGUGUGCGGCGCGUUUGUGUCGUACGUGGGCGACUGCAUGCUGUCCACCAUCUCCAACAACCUGGUGGUGGCCACGGGGCGCAACAUCAGCGGGGACAUGGACGCCUCAGGCAUCUACUUCAACACGCACUGGUUCAAUCCCGGCAACCUAGCUGAGUGCAACUACGUGAUAGGCGGCGACCAGUGCUACUACCUGGACUUUGCGUCGUCGGGUGUGACCAUCCGAGGGGGCGCGUGCAUUGACACGUACGCGGGCAUGAAGGUCAACAACGGCAAGAGCAACGUGAUAGAGGACGUGGUGGUGAAGAACACGCGCUGGACGCCCGGGUGGUCCACGUGCCUCACAGCGGAGGUGGUGAACGGUGGGAAGAAGCCCGGGUCGUACUGGGAGCAGAUGCGCCGCAAGUACUACAACUCGGCCCAGUUUAACCAGAACUGGCCAUGGAUGCAAACGGUGUGCUCAGAGACGGGCGUGAACGGCGUGCCGUGCAACACCAACGCGCGGGGAACCCUCAACGCCACGCAGACGGGCAAGUGCAGCGGGCUGCCCACGCGCAACUCGCUCAUGCUCGUGCUCGUCAAUGCGCUCGACUACGACAUGGACUUCAAGUACUGCGAGGACCUGCCCAACACGCCGCGCCUCAACUCGCACCGCUUCAUCAAUGUCACCAACGUCGCUGAUGCGCAGUUCCUGGAUUUCGUGGAGGACGACUUGGGCGUAUGGGGACCUUGCAUAUCCAUGAUCCGACCCUUUUAG